AUGCUGCAUGGGAUGGCUAAAUUUGAGAAUUAUUACGAGCUGCUCAACUGCAGUCCGAAUUCCUCGGUUGAUCAAAUACUCGUGGAGUAUAAAAAAUUAGCGCUCGCUUACCAUCCGGAUAAAAAUGCCUCCAGUCAAACCGGCAAUUUGAUUUUCAUUCUGACUCUCUCUUUCUGUGUAGGCGACCGAUUUAAACAAAUCCACCGGGCGAAAGAAGUCCUUGUUGACGCCGAAAUGCGUAAACUCUACAACUGCUGGCUAGAUGUGAGCAUGGGUGUUCCCUUCGAAGAAUGGAUUGCCAUCAGGCGAAACUUUCGAAUGUGCUUCCACUGGACUUCUCAAGGUGGCGGUGAAUGCCUACGACUACAAGACUCGUGCUCGAUUGUUCAACGGGCCAACCCAACCCCUGUCGGUGGAAUAGAAAAUCUCAUAGAGCAGUUUCGAAAAUAUGAAAUCUAG